AUGAGGCCAGCGCCGGCAGCAGCCCGCCAGGGCGGCGCCCCGGCGCCCUUCGCGCGCUGCCUGGCCGCCUGCUACACGACCACCGGCAGCGUGCUGGCCCUGCGCGAGGCCCCGCAGCCGCCCCCAGGCAGCAGUCCGCCGGGCAGCCCGGUGCGCGUCACGGACGGCUGCUUCCGGGACUUCUCCCCGAGCUUCGACCCUGCCGGCGGCUUCCUGGCCUUCCUGUCGCGGCGGGCGCUGCAGCCCGUCGACGACGGGAUCACCAGCGCCAUGCACUUUGGCGCGGGAUCGGACCAGCCGCUGAUUGUCUCCCUGAGACAAGGCUCGACGAUCGCGCAGGAGCAGGACGGGGGCCAGAGCAAGCCCAGGAUGGCCUCCACCAUCCCAGUGCGGGCGGGGGCCGCCGCCGGCGGCGGCGGCCGCGCCGAGGACGGCGGGCCCGAGGGCGCCGGGCGGGGCCUGGAGCUGGCCGAGGCCCGGGGGCUGCUCGGCUGCGCCCGAGAGCGGCGCUCUGCCGGAGUGGCCCGCGGUGCGGGCCCAGGCCAGGUGGCGCCGGCGGGCCCGCUCGCGCCCCCGGAGGCGGUGCCCGUGGCCGCCGGGCGCUACCUGCGCCUGGCCUCGGUCGAGCGCGGCCUCCUGUACCUCCGGGAGGCCAGCGGCGCCGGCGAGGGCCACGGCGCCAGCCUCUUUCUCUUCUCGGGGGGGCGGGAGCGCACCGUGGCCUCCGGGGUGGCCGACUUCGAGGUCUCGCUCGACCUUCGCAACGUCCUCGUGCGCCACGCGAGCGCGCGGGUCCGCGUGCUCUCGCUGGAGGAGGCGCGGAGCGGGGGCGCCGCGGAGGCCGACGCCGGCGAGGAGGAGGGCGAGGAGGACGACGAGGAGGACCCGGACCCCGAGGGCGACGAGACGCCCGAGGAUCGCGGCCUCGUGGCAAUCGGUGCGCGGAUCAACCUGGAGGUGCAGCCGCUGGAGGAGUGGGCCCAGAUGUUCCACGAGGCCUGGCGCCUCCUGCGCGACCGCUUCUUCGACGGGGGCAUGUGCGGCUCGGACUGGGCCGCGGUGCGCGGCCGCUACGCGGCGCUGCUGGGCCGGCUCGCCUGCCGGGACGACCUGACGGACCUGCUGCUCGAGAUGGCCGGGGAGCUCGGCGUCGCCCGCGUCCACCACCUCCCGCCGUUGGCGCCGUACCGGCCCGAGUCGUGCGCCAUGGGCCUCCUGGGCGCUGAGGUCGAGUGGGACGCCGCGGUGGCGGGCUACAGCGUUUCGCGGCUUGUGGUCGGGGACCCGUGGGACUGCGGCAGCGGCGGUGCCCUGUGCGGCGCCGCGCCGGGCGUGGCAGAGGGCGCGCGGCUGCUGGCCGUGAACCGGCAGCGGCUCACGGAGGCGCGCGGCCUGGAGCAGCUUCUCGGGGACCGGGAGAACCACGAGGUAUUCGUGACCCUGGUGGACGCGGAAAAUGCCGAUCGGGUCGCCGCACACUUGCGGCAAGGGGCCUCGCAGGGAGAGGCCUCCGGUGCCGGCAAGGACUCGCAGCCGGCGCCCAGCAAGAACAGCAAGAAGAAGGAGAAGAAGAAGGCCAAGAAGCAGGCCUCCGGAGUGCAGAGCCUCGUGCGCACGGUGCGGGUCCGCUGCAGCGGCUACGAGGCCGAGCGACGGGCGCGCUACCGGGACUGGGUGGAGAGCAACAGGAGGGCCGUUUCUGCCGCCUCGGGCGGCCGCGUGGGCUACCUGCACCUCCCGGAUUGCGGCCCCGCGGGCCUGGCGGAGUUCCACCGGCACUUCGUGGUCGAGUGCCUCUGCGAGGCCGUGGUGGUGGACCUCCGCGGCAACCCGGGCGGCGACGCCCUGGAGGAGCUCAUGGACAGCCUGCUGCGGGUGCCGCUGGGCGUCAUCGUCCCGCGCCGCGGGCGAGGGCAGGUGGCCACCUACCCCUCGUGCUGCAUGCGCAACAAGCAGACGACGGUCCUGCUCGUCGACGGCGCCUCGGGGGGCGAGGCGGAGAUCCUCGCCGCGGCCUUCAAGUCCCUCGGACGUGGCUCGCUGGUGGGCACCAGGACCAUGGGCGGCGUCGCCGCCUCCGGGGACGUCCAGGUCCCCCUCCUUGACGGGAGCUCUUUGAGCCUGCCGACGGAGCGGCUGUGGUCGCUGUCCGAGCGGGGGCGCGAGGUGGAGAACUGGGGCGUCCUGCCUGACGUCGAGGCCGAGGGUGGCCAGGCUGCCGCCCGCCACCUGCGCCGAUGAUCUUGAGCCGACGGCUGGCCUCGCGCGCGGGCCCCUCGUGGGGGGGUGCCCCCAGACUGGGCCCCGCUGGACGGCGCGCAGCCCGACCCGCAGCUGGCCGCGGCUGUGCGCGAGGCCGCGCGCCUCGCCGCCGAGAGGGGCACCGACGUGGCCGCCCUGCUGCGGCGCUGCCGGCAGUUCCCGCGCACGCGCGAGCACACCGGCUGGAAGGUCCUGACGCCCGCGGGCGAUGGCCGCGCCCAGACGGCCUGAGAGCGCUCUGCCGGCAGCUCGCCGGCGCCCGCGCGCGCCCGCGCAGGCGACGGAGGCGUUCGGCCGGCUUGGGCCCAGCGGUGCCCAUCCCUCCACCGUCCCCAGACCCCUCGAGUCAAGGAAG